AUGCACAAGCGCGCACAUGGCUCCAGGAGGUCCAAGCGGUGUGCUAGCAAGAGCGGCAGCGGAUCCGGGGACAGCGCAUCCAAGAUCAAGAAUGGCAGCUCUGGAAGCAGCUCUGGCAGCAGCUCUGGCAGCAGCUCGGGAAGCGGUUCCAGCAGUGGCUCAAGCUCUGACAGCAGCAGUAGCAGCAAGAGUGCUAAAAGCAGCAAGACAAGCAACGACAGCAGCAACGAUGACAGUGGCAGCGACAGCAGCAGCAGCAGCAGCAGCAGCAGUAGCUCUGGCAGUAGCAGCGGAAAAGGCUUGAUUGGCAUGGCCAAAUUCACCGGAAGCCAGUGUGCGCCUGACGCGAGCUCCCAGUACCCCAACGGCAACAUUAACUUCCUCAACUGCGGUCUUCAGAAGAGCGGAUCUGGCAAUUGGCACCCGCCCGCAGUCAAGCUCAGCCAAGUCAAAGUUCUCGACUCGUCUUCCGCCGCCUCGAGCUCCGUCUUCGCCCCUUGCAAGAAGUACAAGAGCGCCUUUGACAGCGCGUCGCAGCAGACAGGCGUCCCCGCCACGUUCCUCAUGGCCUUUGCCAUGCAGGAGUCGACGUGCAACCAGGGCUCGACGGGCCCGAAUGGCGAGGUUGGCCUGAUGCAGCUCACCGACGGCACAGCACAGAGCCUGGGCAUCAGCAACCCGCACGAUGCCACCCAGAAUGCUCUCGGCGGGGCAAAGUACUUUAAGAAGCUCCUUGACCAGAGCCAAAACAACGUCUUGCUUGCUGUCGGCCAGUACAAUGGCUGGACGGACGGCAUGUCUUACCACGACGCUACUAGCCGGAAUGGCGGUAGCCCCUGCGCGCAAAACAACCUCGACUACCUCAACCAGUUCUUCAACGGCUGGAUUCAGGGCAAGAGCGGCGACUCGAUCCCCAAGGUCUUCAACAACAUGAAGACGUGCAAGGAUUAA